UCCGUUAGUGCGUCCUUCGCCGGCAGCAGCAACCUGUGCAACCAGGCUUGCCCUGACGUCUACGACCCUGUUUGCGGAACCGAUGGCGUCACAUACAGCAACUCGUGCAAGCUCGGUGUCGCUAGCUGUGAAAACUUUGCGAAGGCCAUCUCGAAGAAGUCUGAGGGUCCGUGUCCG